GCGCUGGAGAGCAGGAACGAGAGGAGCGCCGCUGAGAGCAGAGAGCGGUCACUGAGCAGAGCGGCAUUUCGAAUGCAGACGCGGUCGGUGUCGUUUUGGUCUUGUCGGCGGUUGCUAAACACAAUUUAAGUUCACUCGGUUAGCAGACAUUACACACUGCCCACAUAUAAACACAUAAAUACGUAUGCAUGUACGUACAUAAGGCGUGUGUAUGCAAGAAACCAGAAAAAAAGGAAAAAUACAACGUCGUUCGUUGAGUCUCGCGUUCGGUUUUAUUAUUUUUUUUCUGUGUGUUUUUCGUGUGUGUGCUUUGGAUUUGCCAAUUUUAGCCGACUGGCUCUCAGUGUCGAACCUAAACUUAAAGAGCGAGCAACGUGACGUGUCGCGUCGUGUCGCUAAAAAUUCGCGCACACAACUUCCUACUACAACAAGAAGUAAAAAAAGGAAACGCAAGAAACAAAAAUAAAACGUGUAAAGGGAAAAAAAGCGAGACUUGUUUUUUUUUCUUGUGCAUUCUGUGUGUGUUUGUGAGUGUGCAAAAACACAAAGGAAAACGGAGAGGGAGAGAGAGCCGCCAAGAGAGAGAGAGAGAGAGGGAGAGAGCAAGAGCAGCUGAUUUUAGCCGGCAAGUGUCAGCUGUUUCGCGCCAGAGCGAGAUAGCGCUACUUCGGCGGGGCGAACAUGUUAUGUCUUGCACGCCGUCUCCUCUUUGUGCUGCAUUCGCCUUAGCAAUGCACCAACAACAGCAGCAGCAGCAGCAGCAACAACAACAACUGGAAAUACAAGAAAUACAACAGCAAAGGCAGCAAUUGCAAAUACAGCAAAUACACAUCCAGCAGCAGCAAAUCCGAAGGAUCGAGGAGCUGAACGCAAACCCCCCCAGUCAACAGCACAUUCAGAAGAUAUCGCAUUUACUACCACAUCACAUACAAGACAUAACCCGAAAUCAUCAUCAAAUACUAAGUAGUCAUCAGCAAAUACCAGAAAUUCACCAGUUACAAAUACUACAAAAAACACAGCAACAACCAUGUUAUCAAAUGCAACCAAUACCCAAUCAGCAACAACAAAUAUUUGAUUUUCAGCAAAUCAAUGAAGUGCCGCACAUGCAAACCUUACAAAUAACUUUGCAAAGUCAGCAGAAAAUACCAGAGUUACAGCAAACUCAGCAACAAAAACAUCAUUUUCAACAAAUUCAGCGCCUGCCGAAAAUACCAGAAAUACCGCAGAUACCAGAAAUACUCCAAAUACAGCAAUUUCAAGUGGCGCAACAACAACAACAACAACAGCAAAAGCAAACGAAAAAGCGAGGUGCAAAAACGACAGCAACAGCAGCAACAACAACAAUAACAUCUAGUAACAGCAAUAGCAACAGCAACAAUAGCAAUAGCAACAACAACUACUAUAGUAACAUUAACAACAACAACAACAACAACAAUAGCAGCAACAGCGGCGGCGGCCUCAUAAUGUUAGCCUCUGCCAGCGCCUCGGCCGCCGCUCGAAAACGCAGUCGCAGCGCGAGUAACGGCAGCAAAAGCAACAACAAAACUGUCAGUGGCCGCAAAUUAACCAAAAGCAUGUCCGCCGGCGCUCAGUUGCAGAUGGCCCCGCAGACCACUUCGGCCCUAAGUCACCACCAUCCCAAUCAGCAGCAGCAGCUGCAACCGCCGCAGCAGCCGCAACAGCCACAGCCCCCGCCCCCGCAACAGCAGCAGCAGCACUUUGCCAACCAUCACAGCGCCCAGCAGCAACAGACGCAGCAGCAGCAGCAACAGGAGCAACAGAAUCCCCAGCAGCAACAGCAGCAGCAGCAGGCGCAACAGCAGAUACUCCCGCAGCAACAUCUGCAGCACCUGCACAAGCAUCCGCAGCAGCUCCACCAGCAGCAGCUCCACCAGCAGCAACUCCACCAGCAGCAACACUUCCACCAGCAGCAGCAACAGUCGCUGCAGGGGCUGCAUCAGGGCAGCAGCAAUCCGGAUUCGAAUAUGAGCACUGGCUCCUCGCACAGCGAGAAGGAUGUCAACGAUAUGCUGAGUGGCGGCGGAGCAACGCCAGGAGCUGCAGCAGCAGCGGCAGCGGCAGCAGCCAUCCAACAGCAACAGCAGCAACAUCCCGCCUUUGCGCCCGCCCUGGGAAUGCAACAGCCACCGCCGCCGCCGCCGCAGCACUCCAAUAAUGGGGGCGAGAUGACCUACUUGACGGCAGGCACGACCACGACGGCAUCGGUGACGACGGUGGGCAAACCCCGGACGCCAGCGGAGCGGAAACGGAAGCGAAAAAUGCCGCACACCAGUGCGGAUGAGGCGGGGAGUGGCGGUGGUUCCGGCGGAGCAGGAGCGACCGUGGUCAACAACAGCAGCCUGAAGGGCAAAUCCCUGGCCUUUCGUGAUAUGCCCAAGGUGAACAUGGGCCUGAAUCUUGGCGAUCGUCUGGGCGGAUCGGCCGGCAGUGGCGGCGGAGCCGGUGGCGCCGGCAGCGGCGGCAGUGGUGCCGGUUCCGGCUCUGGCAGUGGCGGCGGCAAGAGCGCCCGCCUCAUGCUGCCCGUCAACGACAACAAGAAGAUCAACGACUACUUCAAUAAGCAGCAGACGGGCGUGGGCGUUGGUGUGCCCGGUGGUGCGGGAGGCAACACCGCCGGUCUGCGAGGAUCGCAUACGGGUGGCGGCAGCAAGUCACCCUCAUCCGCCCAGCAGCAGCAACAGCAGCAGCAGCAGCAGACGGCCCAGCAGCAGCAGGCGAGCGGUGUUGCAACGGGCGGUGGUGCCGGAGGAGCCGCUGGCAACCAGGUGCAAGUGCAGACGAGCAGCGCCUACGCAUUGUAUCCACCAGCUAGUCCCCAAACACAGACGCCGCAGCAACAGCAGCAGCAGCAGCCGCCGGGAGCCGAUUUCCACUAUGUCAACUCCAGCAAGGCGCAACAGCAGCAGCAACAGCAGCAGCAGCGCCAACAGCAACAGACUUCCAAUCAAAUGGUUCCUCCACACGUGGUCAUGGCCGGUCAUCCCCUGAGCAUGGCGGCCAUCCAGCAGCAGCAGCAGACGCCCCUGUCCCAGCAGCAACAGCAGCAGCAGCAACAACAGCAACAGCAGCAACUCGGGCCGCCGACCACAUCGACGGCCUCUGUUGUGCCCACGCAUCCGCAUCAGCUCGGCUCCCUGGGAGUCGUUGGCAUGGUCGGCGUGGGCGUUGGCGUGGGCGUUGGUGUCAAUGUGGGCGUGGGACCACCACUGCCACCGCCACCGCCGAUGGCAAUGCCGGCGGCCAUCAUAACAUACAGUAAGGCCACCCAAACGGAGGUGUCGCUGCACGAGCUGCAGGAACGCGAGGCGGAGCACGAGUCGGGCAAGGUGAAGCUGGACGAGAUGACGCGGCUGUCCGAUGAGCAAAAGUGCCAGAUUGUUGGCAACCAGAAGACGAUCGAUCAGCACAAGUCGCACAUUGCCAAGUGCAUUGAUGUGGUCAAGAAGCUGCUGAAGGAGAAGAGCAGCAUCGAGAAGAAGGAGGCGCGACAGAAGUGCAUGCAGAAUCGCCUGAGAUUAGGGCAGUUUGUCACCCAGCGAGUGGGCGCCACAUUCCAGGAGAACUGGACGGACGGCUAUGCGUUCCAGGAGCUGAGCCGGCGGCAGGAGGAGAUCACCGCCGAGCGCGAAGAGAUUGACCGGCAGAAGAAGCAGCUGAUGAAGAAGCGUCCGGCGGAGUCCGGACGCAAGCGCAACAACAACAGCAACCAGAACAACCAGCAGCAGCAACAGCAGCAGCAGCACCAACAGCAGCAGCAGCAGAAUUCCAACUCGAACGAUUCCUCGCAGCUGACGGGCGGCGUUGUCACCGGACCGGGCAGCGAUCGCCUUGGCGGAGCAGCCGGUGGCGUUAGCGUCGACAGCGGCCUGGGCGGCAACAAUGCGGGCGCCAUCGGUGGCGGUGCCGUUGGCGGCGGUGUCGGAGGCGGCGGCGUCGGAAGCGGCGGCGUUGGCGGUGUCGGUGGUGGCGGCGGCGGCGGACGUGGUCUAUCGCGCAGCAACUCGACGCAAGCCAAUCAGGCUCAAUUGCUGCACAACGGCGGCGGCGGAUCGGGCGGCAAUGUUGGCAACUCGGGCGGCGUCGGCGAUCGACUGUCCGAUCGAGGCGGAGGCGGCGGCCUCGGGGGCAACGACAGCGGCAGCUGCUCGGACUCGGGCACGUUCCUCAAGCCAGAUCCCGUGUCGGGGGCGUACACUGCGCAGGAGUACUACGAGUACGAUGAGAUACUCAAGCUGCGCCAGAAUGCGCUCAAGAAGGAGGACGCCGACCUGCAGCUGGAGAUGGAGAAGCUGGAGCGGGAGCGCAACCUGCACAUCCGAGAGCUCAAGCGGAUACUCAACGAGGAUCAGUCCCGCUUCAACAACCAUCCCGUGCUGAACGAUCGCUAUCUUCUGCUGAUGCUGCUGGGCAAGGGCGGCUUCUCAGAGGUGCACAAGGCCUUCGACCUCAAGGAGCAACGCUAUGUCGCAUGUAAGGUGCACCAAUUAAACAAGGAUUGGAAGGAGGAUAAGAAAGCUAAUUAUAUCAAACACGCUUUGCGGGAAUACAACAUCCACAAGGCGCUGGAUCAUCCGCGGGUCGUCAAGCUCUACGACGUCUUCGAGAUCGAUGCGAAUUCCUUUUGCACAGUGCUCGAAUACUGUGAUGGCCACGAUCUGGACUUCUAUUUGAAGCAACAUAAGACUAUACCCGAGCGUGAAGCGCGCUCGAUAAUAAUGCAGGUUGUGUCUGCACUCAAGUAUCUAAAUGAGAUUAAGCCUCCAGUUAUCCACUACGAUCUGAAGCCGGGCAACAUACUGCUCACCGAGGGCAAUGUCUGCGGUGAGAUCAAGAUCACCGACUUUGGUCUGUCGAAGGUGAUGGACGACGAGAACUACAAUCCCGAUCACGGCAUGGAUCUGACCUCCCAGGGAGCCGGCACCUAUUGGUAUCUGCCACCCGAGUGCUUUGUGGUGGGCAAGAAUCCGCCGAAGAUCUCCUCCAAGGUGGACGUGUGGAGUGUGGGCGUGAUCUUCUACCAGUGUCUGUAUGGCAAGAAGCCCUUCGGGCACAAUCAGUCGCAGGCCACCAUCCUCGAGGAGAACACCAUACUGAAGGCCACCGAAGUGCAGUUCUCCAACAAGCCAACCGUUUCCAAUGAGGCCAAGAGCUUCAUUCGGGGCUGUUUGGCCUAUCGCAAGGAGGAUCGCAUGGAUGUGUUCGCGCUGGCCAGGCACGAGUACAUCCAGCCGCCGAUACCGAAGCACGGGCGAGGCUCGCUCAACCAGCAGCAGCAGGCGCAACAGCAGCAGCAGCAGCAACAGCAACAGCAGCAGCAACAGUCGUCGACGUCGCAGGCCAACUCCACCGGCCAGACAUCGUUCUCUGCCCACAUGUUUGGCAAUAUGAAUCAGUCGAGUUCGUCCUAGCUGCCAACCAAGCG